AUGGGAAUCUUGGAUAAAGGCAAACAGCUUCACCAAGAAGACGUAAUAGUGGAAGUAGGAGAGCCAAGUGGGUCAUCUCCAAAUGAAGAUCCUAGUUCACUGCCCAAUGUUGAGGAUCAUACUUCAGAAGAUGUUACAAAACCACAUAGCCGGAAUUUAAUGUAUAAAGCUGUUCUGACAGGAGAUUGGAAAACAGCCAGCACUUUAAUAUCGAGAAAAGAGUGUAAUGUCGUGGAGCAAAUUACUGGUAAUUCUGAGAUUGCUCUUCACAUAGCUGUUGCAGCAAAGCACAAGGAUUUUGUGAGAAAUCUACUCAGAGAAAUGGAUCCCCCUGACUUGUCACUGAAAAACAAAGACGGCAACACACCCUUGUCUUUUGCUGCCGCGUUGGGAGACAUUGAGACUGCUGAGAUGUUAAUAAACAUGAUCCGAGAUCUUCCGGAUAUUUCGAACGAGAAAACAAUGACACCAAUCCACAUCGCCGCUUUGUACGGCCAUGGAGAAAUGGUUCAAUAUCUUUUCUCCAAAACAAGCAUCAAAGAUCUCAAUGAUCAGCAAUAUCUGAAUCUCUUUCAUACCAUGAUAUCAGCUGAUAUUUAUGGUGUAUUUGCAGAUGUACCUCUGUGGAUGUUGGAAAGAGUGGAUUUGUAUAGAAAAGAACUAGCCCUUUAUCCAAAUAGUAACAAAGCCUUGCACUUGUUGGCUCGCAAGACUUCUGCCAUUUCCCAUAAAAGCCAGCUUAACUUGUUUCAGCAAGUAGCAAGUUCUU